UUACUCAUCCUCUGGAACUAUAAAAGCCUCUGGCUCUCUGACAGAAGGUACCGUUAGGUCCAAGCACCCAGGAGUUAAGGUUGAUCUUGCUCAUCUGCAGCCAUGAAAUUCUCUCUCGUUGCCGCUCUUAUCGUUGUGCUGGCUGUUGCCCAUGGCUCUGAGGCCGGUUCUCUGGUGAAGCGUGACGUGCAGGCUGAGGUGGACAAGAUCACCAAGCUCAUCAAUGAAAUGUCCGCCAGCCUCACCACCGCUACCCAGGACAUGGUGGAGAAGGUGAAGGCUCUGGAGGUGACCAACAAAGCCCAGACUUACAUAGAAGACAGCAGGACCAAGAUCCAGCCUCUGCUUGAGAAGUUCCAGGUUGAGGCCACCAAGCUGCAGGAGCAGGUCAAGCCCUUCAUCACCAACAUUGAAGAUCAGAUCAAGCCCCUGACAGAGAACUUCAACGCUCAGGUCAGGCCUCUGACCGACAACUUCCACGCACAUGUCAAGCCUCUGACCGACACGAUGGAGAAGUUCUUUGAGAGGGUGAAGGACCAGACCAAGGCCCUCAUGCCCCCCCAGUAAAGCUCUUUGUUGGUUUAUUCCAGCGGCAUUAAUAGGUCACUUUGGUUCUGCCCAAAAUGCCUCACCGGUGUUUGUCUGUCACACUCCUCUGUCUGUAAAUGCCAUCAUUAAAGGAGUUUGAAAGUCA